AAUACUAGUAAUAAAAAAUGAGCUUUUUUGGUAGCUUAUUAGGAAUUUUUGGUUUUGUAAUUGGAAUUCCAUUUGGUCUGUCUUUGGGUUUUUUAUUUUUUAAACACACAGAGCCUGCAGAUGUCAAGAUUCCAUUCAUUAGGCCACUUGAAGAGAUUGAUAAAAAUUCGUUGAUUGAUAUUCUACCCGAGCUUCCUUUGUGGGUGAAGCACCCUGACUAUGAGCGCGUCGAUUGGUUUAAUGAUGUAGUUCGUGAUAUGUGGCCUUACCUUGAUAAGGCAAUAUGUGCUAUGAUCAGAAGCAUGUCAGAACCUAUAUUUUCUGAAUAUAUCGGCAUGUAUCAUAUUAGAUCGUUAGAUUUUGAAACGCUCACACUUGGGACUCUUCCUCCUAUAAUUCAAGGUAUAAAAGUACAUGAAUUAAAUGAGGACCAUCUUGUCUUUGAUCUUAUGGCUAAAUGGGCAGGAAAUCCGGAUAUAAGUCUAGUUUUGAAUUUUUUAUAUCUACCGAUAAAAAUUCAGUUGAUAGAUAUGCACGUAACUGCAGCAAUGCGGGUAACUCUGAAACCAUUUGUCCCAACCUUCCCAUGCUUUUCAAAUGUUAUUGUCUCUCUAAUGGACAAGCCGGAAGUAGAUUUUGGGUUGAAAGUAAUGGGAGGUGAUCUAAUGGCAAUUCCAGGACUCUAUCAUUUUGUUCAGAAACUAAUCAAGAAACAAGUUGCUAGUCUUUAUCUCUGGCCUCAAUCUCUUGACAUACCGAUUCUUGAUGCCUCUAUUGGUGCUGCAAAGAAACCUGUAGGUAUACUACAUGUGAAGGUGGUACAGGCACGCGAACUCUUGAAGAAGGAUAUCAUUGGAAGUUCAGAUCCGUAUGUUAAGCUCAAACUUAGUGGAGGCAGGAUUAUUCCUUCAAAGAAGACUUCUAUAAAGCCAAAAAAUUUAAAUCCAGUGUGGAAUGAGGAAUUCAAGCUUACUGUAAAUGAUCCUAUGUCUCAGGUCCUUGAACUACAUGUAUUUGACUGGGAAAAGGUUGGACUGCAUGACAAAUUAGGAAUGCAGGUUAUCCCGUUGAUGCUACUCAAACCAAAUGAGAAAAAGGAAUUGACUAUAGGUUUGGUCAAAAACUUAGAUUCUACUGAUAUCCGCAACAGGAAGCCAAGAGGGAGCAUUACAGUGGAAUUAACUUUUGUUCCUUUUGUGGAAGAUGCCAUAGUGUAUGAUGAACCUAGCGACGUCAAUACGAAGAAAGAAAAGGUUUCUAAAAGACAUAGGGGCUCAUUUGUGAAUAGAUCAGGCUUACUUUUAGUGUCAGUGAUCGGUGCAAAGAAUGUUGAAGGAAAACACCACACUAACCCUUACGCGUUAGUCAUUUUAAAAGGAGACACACGUAAAACCAAGUUAUUGAAGAAAACUCAAGAUCCAACUUGGAAUGAGGAAUUCCAGUUUAUGUUAGACGAAGCUCCAGUAGAGGAGAUUAUUCGUAUUGAAGUAAUAAGCAAACGGAAACAUACAUUUGGAUUUGGCCCAUCAAAGGAAGCAUUGGGGCAUGUGGAUAUACAUCUAGUCGAUGUAGUUUACAAUAAUCGUAUAAAUGAGAACUACCAUCUUAUUAAUUCACGAAAUGGGAUGAUACAUGUUGAUAUAAGAUGGAACGUUACAUAAUGUAUAGUUGCAGUGCAGAUAUGCAGUUGUAAUUACUUGCUUCUUAGCACUAUUUUUUAUUGGCUACAUAUUUUUUCAUUGCUUUGUUUGUUGUAUAGAGAUAUAUUGGCUGUAGCUUAUGAAUC